GGUGGCUGGGACCUGGUAUGUGGGUGGGCGAUCUGGGACCUGCGUGGGUGGUGCUUCAGCCUCAGAUCACGGAAGUUGGUGGUGAUGCUGAGGCAACUGCAGAUCCCGGUACUGUGCUCUGCGCGCGUCCCAGGUGCGACGCAGCUCAGGAUCUCAGGCCCCUGCCUGUGCCUGGAGGAGAGCAUGGAAAAGCAGGAUGAGAAGCCCCAGGGGCCCCUGAAGGUCUGCGUGCAGGACUCUCUCCUUCCUCAGGAGAUUAUCAUCAAGGUUGAGGGAGAAGAUGCCGGGUCAUUGGCCGUCCCAUCCCAGGAGGGAGUGAACUUCAAAAUAGUGACUGUGGACUUCACUCAGGAAGAAGAAGGCACUUUGAGCUCUGCUCAGAGGACCCUGGACAGAGAUGUGAUCCUGGAAAACCACAGGGACUCUUGGGACUUGGCACCUGCACUUGGAAGAAGAGAAUCGAGAUUGAAGCAGAGCAUUUUUGAUGACAGACUAUCCCCUAGCGUGAAGAUAGAAAAGUUGACAAGAGAUGAUCCUUGGUUAUCUUCAUGUGAAGAAUUUCAAGAUUGUAAGGAGCUGUUGGAGAAGCAGCAGGAAAAACAAGAGAGACUUUUGAAGGAAGUGACAUUUACUCACAGGAAAGCCAUUACUCAUGAGAGACACUGCAAAAAUGAUAGCCCUGAGGAGAAGGCUGGUCUGAAUUCCAGUCUUCUUUCAUCACAGAUGAUGCCCAUAAGAAACCAUUUUCAUAAACAUGCUUCACAUGUUAAAAAAUUACAUUAUAAUUCUAUGGUAAACACUCAUCAGAUGAUUACUAAUAGUGAGAAACUCUGUGAACAUAAUGAAUUUGGAAACCUCCCUCAGAGUAUUCAUUUUUUUCAGUUUACAAGAACUCAAACAGAAGAUAAAUCCUAUGGAUUUAGUGACAGUAUUCAACCUUUUAACCAUGGUACACCCUUAAACAUACAUGAGAAAAUAAAUGCACAAGGAAGAUCCUUUGAUUUUCAGGAAUGUGGGCAAGUUUUGAACCACAGCAUAUCCCAUAACGAACAACAGAAAAACUCCAUUGGUGAGAGUCAGUAUAAAUGUCGUAAGACCUCCCAGAGUUCAUCCCUUGCUCAAAACAUGAGAAAUCAUUCUGAAGAGAAGCCCUUUGAAUGUAAUCAGUGUGGGAAAUCCUUCAGUUGGAGCUCUCAUCUUGUUGCCCAUCAGAGAACUCAUACAGGGGAGAAACCUUAUGAAUGUAACGAAUGUGGGAAAUCAUUCAGCCGCAGCUCUCACCUUGUUUCCCAUCAAAGAACUCAUACUGGAGAGAAACCAUAUAGAUGUAAUCAGUGUGGUAAAUCCUUUAGCCAGAGCUAUGUCCUUGUUGUGCAUCAGAGAACUCAUACUGGAGAGAAGCCUUAUGAGUGCAAUCAGUGUGGAAAGUCAUUCAGACAGAGCUACAAACUUAUUGCACAUCAAAGAACUCAUACUGGAGAGAAGCCCUAUGAAUGUAAUCAAUGUGGGAAAUCAUUUAUCCAGAGCUAUAAACUUAUUGCCCAUCAAAGAAUUCAUACUGGAGAAAAGCCCUAUGAAUGCAAUCAAUGUGGAAAGUCUUUUAGUCAAAGUUACAAACUUGUUGCCCACCAGAGAACUCACACAGGAGAAAAACCCUUUGAAUGUAAUCAGUGUGGAAAAUCCUUCAGCUGGAGCUCUCAACUUGUUGCACACCAAAGAACUCACACUGGAGAGAAACCCUACGAAUGUAAUGAGUGUGGGAAAUCUUUCAACCGCAGUUCUCACCUUGUUAUGCAUCAGAGAACUCAUACUGGAGAGAAACCCUAUGAAUGUAAUCAGUGUGGGAAGUCUUUCAGCCAGAGUUAUGUCCUUGUUGUACAUCAGAGAACUCACACUGGAGAAAAGCCCUAUGAGUGCAGUCAGUGUGGAAAAUCCUUCAGGCAGAGUUCAUGCCUUACUCAACAUCAGAGAACUCAUACUGGAGAGAAACCCUAUGAAUGUAAUCAGUGUGGAAAAACAUUCAGCUUGAGUGCUCGACUUAUUGUACAUCAAAGAACUCAUACUGGAGAGAAACCCUUUACAUGUAAUCAGUGUGGGAAAGCUUUCAUUAAUAGUUCUAAACUUAUUAGACAUCAGGCAACUCAUACAGAAGAGAAACCCUAUGGAUGUAACUAGCUUGGAAAUCUUUCAGCAGAGUAUAUCCCUUCCUCCUUGCCUCCCUCUCUCCCUCACUCUUUCCCUUUCUCCCUUUAGCCCCUCAUUCCCUUGUUCCCUCCUUCCAUUCCUCCAGGAUUACAUGUAUUGGAAAAAACAAGCAUGAAAAUAGUGUGUGGAAAAAGAGCUUUCUGUUAGCUCUCUGUUCAACUGUGUAUCUGAAAACUCUGGAGAAGAAAGAGAGAAAAAGUAUGAAUCAUGUAUUUUACUUCGCUAGUCCAUGUUUUAAAAAAAUCAAACUUGACCCUUGUUAAACAUUCCCAUGAGAGUGAUAACUCUUGGCACUUUUCCUUGCAGAAAGCACUUCGACCUGAAUUUGAGAGAAUUAUCAAAAAUGGGCAAUAUGCUGUGGAGUGAUUGCCAGUGAGAUAGACAUCUUUUCCAAUAAAGAAUAAAUGAGAGGGGACAUAUAUAUACCUAUGACUGAUUCAUGUUGAUAUAUGGCAGAAACUAACACAAUAUUGUAAAGCAAUUAUCCUACAAUUAAAAGAAUACAUAGUAAAUCUAAAGAGAAUAAAGCUGGGGCACCUAAAAAAAAAAAAGGAAUGAAAGAAUGCUAAUACUGGUUGGCUUGUUGAAAAUGUUGGGAAAUUGCUGUAGUUAUUGCAAACCACUCCAGUAUUCUUGCCUGGAGAAUUCCAUGGACAGAGGAGCCUGGUGGGCUACAGUCCAUGGGGUUGCAAAAGAGUCAGACAGGACUGAGGUGACUUAGCACACAGCACAUUAGAACUUAGACUGGAAGACAGCAUUUCAGUGUAUCAGUGUGAUUUCUCCAGCACUACUUGGUAAUUUGUUUCAUAAGCACUUUCUCUUAUCUGUAAAGAUUUUGUAAAAAAAAAAAAAAAAAAAAAAAAAAAUAGGGAAAUGGCUAUGAUGUAAACUGAAAAUUGCAGGGCAAGAGUAUAGAACAUUCAUUUCUAGAAUCAUGAAAAGAUAUAUUUGUGCUUGGAUCAGAAUCUAAAGGGAUUCUGGGUGUAUCUGUUUUAAUUUUAGAUUUAUACUUGAUCUUUUGUUUUUUGGACUGUGUGCUUUUUUAUAAUACUAAUGAAACGAUAUGAGGAAUGAUUAGUCCAAAAAUACAAAAAUACCCACCUCCUUUGACCAUUUAGGAAAGACUGGGCAGCCAGAUAGCGGAGAUCAUGCUUCUGAUCUCUCAUGCUUCUGAGAGUUCAUUUGGAUUAGCAUGAACAGGUCACUCCUUAGGACCUAGAUUCCCAGGAAUAUUCCUUAUUGACAGUAAAAUACUUCAAGCUUCUGUGGUGGCUCAGUGAUGAAUAAUCGACCCACUAAUGCAGGAGACGUGGGUUCCAUGACUAGGGAUUGAACCCCAGCCACAGCAGUCAAAGUGCCAAGUGCUAACCACUAGACUGCCAGAGAAUUCUCCAGAAUGUUUUUAAAUACGUGGAUGUUAAGGGAUAC